CAAUUUGGGUGAGUGAGGAUAGCCAAAGAAACUGAAACUGACCAUGUUCUGAAUGAAACUCUCUCUCUCUCUCUCUCUCUCUCUCAACUCACUCUUGCUCAUUCCAAUCAAACUCCAAUGUCUAUUUCCAUGGCCUUGUUUUCUCCUCCAAUCCAUCUAUCUCCCUCCUCCUCCCCCUCAUACCCAAAACCCCAUUUCACCCUCAAGCCUUGCCUCUCUCUCAGACUCAACAGGGCCCCCCUCUUCUUCACCACCAGAGCCUCAGCGGAAAAUGGUGCUGGAGCUGCUGUGGUAGCUGUGGAGGAAGAGCCUAAGGCGGCUGAGCCGGUUGCGGUCAAGAAUGAGAGCUCUAAUGGGCCAGCUGCGCCAGCUGAGGAGGUGAAGGUGGUCAGCUUGUUUGAGGACGCCAGAUGGGUUAAUGGGACUUGGGACUUGAAGCAGUUUGAGAAGAGUGGCAAGACUGACUGGGAUUCUGUUAUUGAUGCUGAGGCAAGGAGAAGAAAAUGGCUCCAGGAUAACCCGGAAUCGUCCAGUAAUGAUAAUCCUGUACUUUUUGACACAUCAAUUGUACCUUGGUGGGCAUGGAUAAAGAGAUACCAUUUGCCUGAAGCCGAGCUACUCAAUGGUCGUGCUGCUAUGGUAGGUUUCUUCAGUGCUUAUAUAGUUGAUAGCUUGACUGGAGUAGGCCUGGUUGAUCAAAUGGGCAAUUUUGUCUGCAAAACGUUACUGUUUGUAGCUGUGGGGGGAGUACUUCUGAUCCGCAAGAACGAGGAUGUUGAGAAACUAAAGAAGCUGCUGGAUGAGACGACGUUUUACGACAAGCAAUGGCAAGCGACCUGGCAGGAUGAGACUCCUGGCAAUCCUGGCAAUCCAAGGAAGUAGUAGUCUUGAGUUUGCCUUUUGAACUUGGGCAGUUCUGUUGUCUUCCUUAUGUUACUGUAGUUGUUCUAUGCUAGUGGCGGAUGAAAAUUGUACUCGUAAAGUUUUUAGUAAAAUGUGUGUUUACAAUGACAAA